GACGCGGCGAGGCGGACGGCGGGGAGCGCAGAAGAUGACGAGCAUGAUGAGCCGCCAUACGCCCGCCUCACACGCGCAGCCACCACGGCACACCUCGCCUCUCUCGCACAGCGCGAGCCCGAGCGCCUCUCGGCCCUCAUCACGCUCGUCGGCGAGCGGCAGCGCGCAGGCGGUCCGGGCGCCGCCGAGCGCGGGCUCGCCGAGCUCGAGGAGGCCUGGGCGGCGGUGCUCGCGCUUGACGAGGGGAGCGGGGCUGUCGAGGAGGACGGAAGGCGCAGGCUGAGGGCGAGGGAGGCGAGGGUGGUCGGGCUCGUUGGCGCACAAAGCGAAGGUGCGCCGAUCGAGGACCUGCUCGUCGAGCUCGAGCAAGUCGCACUGCGCUAUUUCGCCCUCUCGCUUCCUCUCGACGCACAGCGCGUCCUCCUCACGGCCGCCAAACUCGCCGACCACCUCGCCGCCUCGUCCACCUCGUCGGCCGAUCCGCCCGCUCCCUCGCCCUGGACGACCAAGCGCGACGCCCUCGCGCAGCAGUGGCUCGCGCUCGAGCGCGGCGGCGGUGCGCACGAGGAGAAGCCGGCGGAGCGGGAGCGUGCAGAGCGAGUCGGGCGCGUCGUGGCGCUCGUCGGGCGGGCGGUCGAGGUCGCGAACCGGUAG